ACAAGCCACUAUUUUGGAAGCAGUUUGACAAACAGUCACUGUUCCCCAGUUGAUGUCAGUCGCUAUCUGCGUUUCCAGCGAGACGUAUCACGCGCUAUCAGCGAUAAACCAGCACAAAACUAGCCAGCCACUUUGCCCCGAACCGAUAAGGUUGGAUGACAUCGUCGGUUGAACUUUAAGACAGCUAGCUCUUUUUUUUACAUUCAUUUCACAUCAGGCAAGUGUGACAACUGCACAGGCUAACGUUUUUUUGUUUACUGGCUGAAGCUUUACAACAUACAACCGAGAUAGCAACAACUUUCCACCGUCAUUUGGCAACUUGUCAUUAGCGCUAACGUUAGCCAACUUCAUUUUUAUUUUUUUUUGCCAAAUACAACGGAUUAUUUUUAUUUGUGAAGCAGCCCUUCGUUUUGUCAACAAGCCGCCUUUUUUCACAGAGCUGCUUAGAAAAUCAACGAUAUUUAGCUAACAGUUUGGUUUAAAAGGGGUGCAAAGUAUUUUAGCUGUUGUAGAAGUGUUAGCCUUGUUUCGCCAGCUAACGCCAAACCUUUACUUACACCAUUAUUUUUCAGCAGUCAUCAAGGAAGAGACUAGUUUGGCUUUUUAAAUUGGUUGCCGCUGUGUCCACGACCUUUAACUUUUAAAUACCCCGACUGAUACACUGCAGGAGCAACUCUUAACCGUCUCCUUUCGCCUUUUAAAAAUAAGAAGUGACAGAACAGCGAGCUACCUGAGUGUUAAAAGCAGUGCCAGUGGUAGGACCUGAAGCAGGUUGUGUACAGUCACGGAAUCCCUCAUCGGAUUGUUAUAUUAUCAGUGUUAUUGUUGAAAAUGGCGGCGAUCGGAAUGGUGCAGAUGUUGAUCGAAGCAGCCGAGUACCUUGAUCGCAGGGAACGAGAAGCUGAACAUGGCUAUGCCUCCAUGCCACCCUUCAUCAGCAGUCGAGAGAGGGAAAGCUUGAAAAGGAAAAGCAAAAGCAAGAAAAACACAAGUAGCAGGUCUACGCACAAUGAAAUGGAAAAGAACAGACGGGCACAUCUACGGCUGUGUUUAGAGCGCUUGAAAUCCCUUGUUCCCUUGGGACCAGAUGCGAACAGGCACACCACCCUCAGCCUGCUCAUGAAGGCCAAAGAUCACAUCAAGAGGUUGGAGGAGAGUGAUAGGAGAGCUCAGCACACCUUAGAGCAGCUACAGCGGGAGCAGAGACACCUGAGGAGGCGUCUGGAGCAGCUGGGGGUGGAGAGGACCCGCAUGGACAGCACCGGCUCGUCUCACUCCUCCGACAAGUCCGACUCUGAUCAGGAGGACCUGGAUGUGGAUGUGGAGGGGACGGACUACCUGCUGGGUGACCUGGAGUGGAGCACCAGCAGUGUGAGCGACUCAGGGGACGAGCGAGGCAGUCUGCGCAGCAGCUGUAGCGAUGAGGGCUACUCCAGCGCCAGCCUGCUGCGCCUGCAGGACACUCAGGAGAGGGCCAAGCAGCUGGGCUGCAGCCUAUAAACAGCACUGGUCACUGACCCAACACCCACCUCCUCCCAUCAGCCAAUCCUGUCCCAAUAUUGUCUCACCACUCCUCGGUCCUGGUCCUACCUGACCGCCCCCUCCGUCUCUUUCUCCUCCCUUCCCUAUCAGGACCGACCAAGUCUGAGGCCGCUCUUCGAGCCGGGCCUCGCACGGUGGCUUCCAUUCAGACUGCGACCUCUCUGAGACACCCACCCACAUCCAGCCCAUCAUCAGCGGUCAGUCUUUAAGGGUGUCACCCGCUCUGCUCUGCACCAAUCAAACGAGCGGGGUUUUAAAGACACUCCAACCCCUCCGCCCCGCCGUCCGUCAGAAACACAACUGUCAGCCAGAGAAUGUUACCACACAAUGUCCCACUGCCUCUUUUUCUAUGCCUCAAGAGCCAUGGGAAGCACUUUUCACCUUUACUUCACACACAUACAUCAACACACACAUGCACACACCCCUCCAUCGCGACUAGUUGUCCAGUGAGAUCUCCCAAAGGUGUGACACUGACAUGAUGUGGGGCCUUUUUUCUGCCCCGCUCACCAGUCAACCAUCUGUGCAUGGUACUUUGCACUUAAAAUUGCUUUUGUAAACAAAACUGUGUCAUCUCUUUCAAACACUGUCUCUUAAUAACUUAAAGGCCCCUCGCUGCAGCUAUGGCAGUAAUGUUACCAGACGAAAUGAGUGUUUGAAAAACAUGUCAGUCUGCAGACUCUGUGGACAUUAAACUAGACUGUGCGUGGUGUUAAACUGUCGGGGCCGACAGCAAUACGUCCCUUCGUACCCGAGCUUUGGCAGGCAGACUCGCAACUACCCUGUAAUUUUAUGUCCACACCUGCCAUUCAGAGGAAAAAGUAACAGAAAAACAAACAAAAAAAAUCGUGCAGCAUGAGAUUGUGAAACGGGAGCUCGGGGAGGGUUUUGGGGGUGGGUUUGAUGUUUUCUGCCUCUCUCUGAUGACGGUGGCGUUUUUAGCAGCUUCCUUUUCUCAUAUGUGUGUUUGUCACGUCUGAGCCUGGCGACGACGGCGGCUGCUGGCAGGUUUGGAAACUUUUAACACCAGCCACCAGGCCGAAUGCUGGUAUAUAUUAGCAGGUGCUGGUACUUUUGUACACUACUCCUUCACUGCCCCGUUCACCAGGUACUAACAGGAAAGGAUGAGCCGAUCUACUGAGAGCAGUCGAGAGACUGGAGCACAUUCCACUAUGUAGAGAAGACAGGCAGGUGAGACUGAGAGCACUAUUUUUUGUGAGUGGAUGUUCCUAAAAAUUAUUUAUGAAGGGAGAAGAGUUUGAGACGAGGCGAGUCACCCUGAAACAGAACGACUGGCUUUGACUUUUCGGUGAGAACACAAGCCUGAAUCUUUCGCUGAGCUUGUUCACAUCUGAAAAGCACUAAAAUGUUAAAACCACAGAUUUUCUCUCCUUUGCCUUGCCUUCAUAGCUAUUUAUUGUUUCUGCAAAAAUGUACACCUUUUAAUGUAAAUAGUUUACAGAAAGAUCUCUAUGUCUAUCAGCAAAUGUAUUUAUUAGAUUUACUAAAUAUAUAGAUGAAUAUAUAAAAAUAUAUUUAAUUAGUCAUAGCUUAUGUUCUUCUUGUGAGGUUUAUUGAGAGUUUCUUAUAUGUAGUUUGUUUGCACAGCCUAGUCGAUCCAUAGAGUAUUUAGAACUUGUCUCUUGUGCCUCAAGGUUUUUGUGUCUGUUGAAUUCGGCACGAUGCUCCUAGGAAAUGAAAUGUUUUAUUUGUGGUUGACUCUAACUUUUAGCUGUUUUCAAAGCCAUCCUGCCCUAUUAAAUGGAGGAAUAAUAAGAUUAAAAAAAAAAAAGAAAUCAGAAUAACUUGUAAAAAUGUGAAUUAAAAAGUAUAAAAGCGAGAGGAGCCGGUGGCCAGGCUGAGCGGGGCGGCAAUUCCUCCGGCAAAGCUGUGUUGCCUGCUCGCCCCCCCUCCCCAGUGCUGAGGAACCUCAGACAAAAUGGCUGCUUGGCCUCAUGAGAUCUCAGCCAUUCGCACGGUUUCAUCGCGGGCAGGGAGAGGAUCGCAGAUUGUUGAAUGUACACGUCCUCAGACCCUGCAGUGUAGCAGCACGGUGCCAAAGGAAGCUCCCUGCCUGCUUGUGCACGCGCCACUCGCGAAUCUCAGUUAAAGCAUGAAGAUGGUACACCAAAAAAAAAAGAAGAAAAAAAAAACACCAAAAAAAAACAAAAUAAGAAAAAGAAAAUCGGAAAAAUAGAUAUAGGCUUGUUCAGUACUUUGAGUGUGGAAUGCUGCUUAUUUCUGUCAAGUUAAAACCUUUUCAAAUGGAGAGGAACUGUGUAGCCACGCUUAGAAAGGAAAUGUAUUGGAAAAGUAGGUGUGUGUGGGCAGGUGUGUUCACUGAAAUGCCAUCUGUCGGUGCGUGCAUGUGUGUACAGUAUGCAAGUGUGUGUGUGUGUGUGUGUGUGUUUUUCGUCACUGUCUUCAGAGAGAAAUAUUUGGGGUGGUAGAGGGUGGGUGGGUUAAAAAACAACAAAUUGUUAGGCUGUGUUUCUGUUCUGGUUUCCUGUUCAUUUGUUUACUAGUAAAAUGCAAAAAAAAAAAAAAGCCAACUUGUCAAAGACUUCAUGUAUUAACCUGAGCGUUAAUGUCUGUCUGUGGGAGUCUCAUGUUUCCUCCUUUCUUUCCUCCAUCCAUGGCCUCUUAUUUGUCUUCCGCCAAGCUACCUGUGUAUACGUACGUACGUGUAUGUGUGCGUUUCCCGUAUGCGUGUUUGCCAAGCGACCAUGUGCGAGCGCAACUCCCUCCUCUACAUGCUGGGUUGGCAUCCAUGGUGCAGGGAGGUGUGCGAGUGUGUGUGUGUGUGUGUGUGUGUGGUGGAGCAGCUAGUGUAUUCUGUGUGUCAGAUCUCACAUGCAACUUACUGUUCCUCAGCCGCCUCCCUCCUUCCUCACUCCCCCCAAAUACAAAGACCCUGGUGCUCUCAGCAUCUGCCUUAAGACGCAGGUGUGGAAUCUCUUAAAGAACAAGACUACAGUCAGACCAGUUGUUUAAGCUACAGCUUCCAGCAUCAGAGGGAAACUCAUGUUCCUGUGUAUUUUUGGUUUUUGCACAUUUUGUCCCUGCAUACAAAGUGGCUAAUAAUGCCUUAAAACAGACACAAAUGUACGACCUAACAGAAGUAUAUGAUAUGUAUGAGUGUUUAUGAUAUAGCGACAUGUAUCACAAAGGUCAUUCCUUUUCAUUGUGACGGUCUCAGGCAUGGUGCUUUCAUGCAUUUACACACAACACACACACACACACACCGCGUCAUAGCUCCAUGAACAUCGUCGUCACCUGCCGCCUUUCUCCUCGGAAAGGUCAAAUGUCUAUUUGCUGACUAAUAACGUUAAGGUGGACGUUUUGUGCACUUACUUUUUAAAAAUUGGAGAAUUUGGACACUGUCUUCUAAAUAAAUCACUUCAAAUGUGGAGAAACAAACCCUUUGACAAUGAAUUGUGAAGCAGCAAUUUAUAUUUGCCAGUGAUAUUAAGGGAAUAAAACAUUUGAAACCCUUGUUUACCUACCUA